UGCUUGCUGUUCCGAUAGUGGUGGACGGUAUGACAAACAUCUGGCUUAUAGCUUUAUGUCUGCUGGUGACGUCAGGAAGCAGCAAGGCUGGCAGUCACAACUUGGACGAACGCUCCCAGUGCCGGGUGGACGGCAGUAGCUCGCCGGGUUCCCGAGUGCCAGCCAGUUAUCCGCCGCAGGUCGCUACUACCGCCUACUACGGCGGUCCACCACUCUGGUACUACAGCAGCCAAACUGGAAACAACGGUAAGAGGUGGAUGACCAGAUGCAGCGACAAAGAUGGUUGGAGGCCCACAUCAGCUCCGCAAAUCAGUCAUGCAACGCUGCAGCAAGUACAGGGUAGCCACACUGGCAGCCCACCUGAGGACUACAAUCGGCAACUGCAGUUCGUGGGUCUCCAGGUAGCAGAUACUGCUGUAGAGGUUCCUCGUUUGCACGGCGCUGUAUGGGGGCAUCAGACUCACACCACGGGAGUUGGUCCCAUGGAACACCACGAAGAAAAUGGAAUCAGAGCACCAUACUUAGUACCAACGGCUCAGGCAGUGUGGAUAACUAACAGGCACCUUCCGAAGGGCCCUGACACCGUCACCACAUCGGCUGCACACCACCAGUCCUCAGAGCACAGCCAAUACAUGGCAUUUGCACCCACUGAAAACAAACCUCUUGGAACUGUACCAAUCAAAUUUACGAAUGUUAACGGCAGACAAGAUGUCCUCCACCUUCCAAUAAUGCCACAUCUGCUACUGCAAAGUUUACCAGGUUCGUCGUCUACCUACAUGUUUCACCAUGUGGCGUGGCUUUUCUGGCCUGCUUCCGGGCAAGAUACAUCAAAUAUUCAGUGUUCUCAAACACAAAUGGCACCAAGACAUACGAACUGAAUGCUCGGACGGCUAGUUGGUGCCAAGGUAAUAUACUGCAUGAUGUUACUAUGUAGACUUUCUGCGAUGGAACUGUUAAAGUGUGUUUAGAGGUUCUUGUCUGUACUGACGUGCUUUUAUGGCAUGGGAAAGACUCAAAGGAUGAGGAGUGCAUCGAAAUGGUCCUGAUGGGAGGUGGAUUUUUGAAUUUUAAUCGUUCGUAGCCGUUUCAGCUCUGACUAGAUGGUAGCAAACAUCGAAACAAUUGAAUUUUUUACCCUUCGAACUGUUCCAUAUUUGAACUACUGAAAAAACUUUGCACUUCAUAAAACUCGAAAUUAAUAGUAACUGAGGUAAUUACAUGAUGGAUUACAAAUUAUCUGGUGACAGGUAAUUUGAAUGGCGUUAAAGUAGCUCGAAAGUUUUUGUGCGAACCUAUUCUUUAGACUUGAUGUAUUUUCCUACAAUCACUUUCGAUAAGAACUAAAGUGAAAUAAAAAACAGUUGUUGAAGUGCAAUAUUUUGUGACAGGUGAUCAAUUGACACUCGAAUGACUGGAAAGUUUAAGAAAAUAAUUUUAGAAUGACUGAUCGAAAUGUAAAAUUUUUAAGCACCCUACAUUGCAUAUUGGAAUAGAUUUCUAAUUUUGAAUGUCUGACAUAAAUGUUCUGCAUUGGUAUGGCGAACAUGUGGAAGUACCAACCUUGCUAACUGUUAAGCCAUAUUAAUGGUGUCCUAAAGUGUUAAUGACUCUGAA